AACUUUGGCUAUGUAAUAUGGGCAUGAGUUCAUGAAAAAUAAUUAAUAAGUAAUUAAAUAAAAUAAUAUACUUUGUCUGAAUUAUGAUAAUACAUUCAAAACAUCAUAGAGAAAAAAAUUAAAUGCUUCCAACACAAAAUAAUCAAUAUAUUAAUUAACAGCAUAAAAAAUUAAAUACAUAACACCAAUUUUAUUUACCAUAGACAAUAUAUAAAGAGUGUAAUAGUGCAUUGUUUUCAAACACAAAAUUACCUUAACCAAAUUAAAUUAAAGUUUCCCCAAAAUUAUGAAGGUGAAUAUAGGAAGAUCAAGGCUUAUUAAGCCUAUCUAUCAAGACAAUCAUCCUCCAAAAUCACAUUGCAUUCCUUUAUCUGUUUUUGAUAGGGUUACCUAUAACCAACAUUUAGCCGUAAUUUACGCUUAUCGCCCCCCGACCCCACCGAACAUAACCCUGGAGCUAGGGCUCCGAACGGCGUUGGGUGUGUAUCCAGAGUGGGCCGGGAGGCUCGGGAAAGACAGUAACGGAAACCCUAUUAUUCUUCUCAAUGGCGAGGGUAUUAGAUUUGUGGAGUCGUCAGUUGAUUGUGCGCUCGAUAAAGCUAUUAUUUUCAAACCUUCUUCGUCUUUGCUAAGGCUACACCCUAGCUUAGAGGAUGUGGUAGAGCUCGUUCAAGUUCAAAUCACAAGGUUCACUUGUGGCUCGAUGGUGGUGGGUUUUACUGCUCACCACCUUGUGGCUGACGGAAACUCGACCAGUAGUUUUCUGGUCGCGUGGGGCCAGGCCAGUCGGGGACUAGAAAUUAGCCCACUUCCUUUCCGCGACCGCACGAUAUUCAAUCCACGAAAUCCUCCUAAAUUUGAAUUUGAGCAUAAAGGCGUAGAAUAUGUCACGAAAAAUCUAAAGCAAGUCUAUCCUCUAAUCAAUUGUAACGUGGAUAAUAUCAUGGUGCACAAAGUUCAUUACUCGGUCGAUUUUCUUUCGAAUCUCAAGGCGAAAACUUCUCCCACUUACGGAAAUAAUAAUAAGACAUUCAGCACUUUUGAGAGCAUUGUCGCACAUCUAUGGAGAGCCAUAAAUAGGGCUCGUGGCUUAAACGGGUACGAGACCACCCGAGUAAGAAUGUCAGUGGACGGUCGAGCCAGACUAAACCCUAAGGUGCCAAACGAGUAUUUCGGCAACUUGGUUCUUUGGGCAUUUGCUAGUGCAAAAGUGAACGACCUCUUAACCAAUCCCCUUCCUUAUGCAGCCAGCCUUUUACACGAGGCGGUCGUUAAAAUCAACGAUAAUUAUUUUAAAUCAUUUAUCGAUUUCGCUAAUCAUAAAGUAAACGAGGAGGAUCUAGUCCCGAAUACAACCGCGGAUACACAAGAGUCGAUAUUGUGGCCGAAUUUGGAGGUUGAUAGUUGGCUAAGGUUUCCAUUUUAUGACCUAGACUUUGGAAAAGGUGGCCCCCACAUUUUCAUGCCUUCUUUCUUCCCAACCGAGGGGAUGAUAUUUCUUGUGCCAUCCUUCAUUGGAGAUGGAAGCAUAGAUGUUUUUGUUCCUCUAUUUCAACAAAGUUUGACAAUAUUCAAACAAAUAUGCUAUUCUCUAGACUAAAUUAUUAUAAGCAAUCUCCUAUUAUUUUAUUUGGCAUUUUUUUUUAAUACAAGAUUUCUUUAAUCAUGUGAUUGUGGAAUUUUUUUAAUAGCAUACAUAGAGGUGGAUUUAUAUUACAAUAAAUAUUUAAUUUGAGAUAUUUUUUCCUUUUAGCAAAUUGUUCGAUUAAUCUAUUGUCUUUUUGUAAUUUUCUUUCGAUUUUCGAUUUAAUAUUAAAUAGUAAUUGUAGACUAUGAUUAUAGGCCACUAAACUAUUCCGAAAG